CCAACUUCCUGCCAAAAAGCGGACUCUGACCUUUCAACAAGCGUAGUGUGUGUCACCUACACCACCCCCGCCUCUCUUCUUGCAAGCCUCCCUUUACCUAUGUUGCAGAGUGAAAAGUACUCAGCCAGAACCCAUAUAUCUGGGGGUGUCAAAGUGCCAUCAUGGCCAAACCAACGCAUUCACUCGCGUUCUGUGAACAAACAGGCAGUUGUUGCGACAUAAGCCUGAACUUCACUUUGUUUGUUGAAUGCUGAUGUGCAGAUACACUUCACGGGACCUGCUCAUCUCAGUGUGCUAAGCAUCUACGACAGCAUGCAUUUUGUAAUGUUGUAACAAGUAGAGGUUUCCAUCGGUUUCUAUGAUUAAAGGAGGAUUGUCAUUUUCAGUACAUUCAUUCCACUACAUUGAUUGAUACAAAGCAUUUCAUGUAGCCGUGUGACAUAAAAUAGCUAUCUACCUAUUGCUUAUGUUGUUUUGUAUGUCACAUAAUAUGUAAGGAUGUGAUAGAAAUCCAACAAUGGAGGAAAUGGGUAUCAUGCUGCAUGACACCACAGACAAAAAUUACUCCCAUCUAUGAGGAAAAAGCCUGUCUGUCUAUGGCUACAAAAUGAGAUGUCCGAUGACCUUUGCAUUGUCAUACUAACUCAGUUCAUCUUUCUAUUGCCAUUUCUACUUCUGCAUUUUAUUGACUUUCACAAGGAUCUUUUGACUCCACUAUCCAUUUACUACUAGCUUGAAACCUUUUUGUGCCCUGACUUGCUUUCAUGAGGGAUCUACAGUAUAUUGGAAAACCUUUGUAUAUUUUAACACGUGUCUAAUUGUAGGGUAUUCACCUUACGCCUUGAUCACACCGACAGUGUCAUUGCGCAAAUUGGGACACAGCAUCAUCUGGAUAUGUGUGCAACAAAAGUUCAAUAUUAACCUUCUGCUACCAUUUCUGUCAAACCAUCUAGGCAUACAGUUUGACAUACGUGCGAUAAAUCCAAUCCGACGUAUGCACCACACAGAACGCACUGCAACUGCCUCUCCAACGCAAGGUUACAAGGCAAAUGUAGCGGUCCAUCGGAAAUUCAUGUGCUUCUGUUGUGCCAAAAUGCAAUGCCGCUGUCGGUGUGAUCGAGGCGUUACUCUGCCAAUCUGGUGCUGCAAUGUGUGAAACCACCUGACAUUUCAGUGUGAACGUAUGUCUCUGUUCUAGCCUACUUUACUGGUGCUCGACUGAAACAGGAUGCGGUGUAUUCAGUAGUUUUACCUUAACACAUAAAGGGGCUGAGGGGCCUAAUGGCUUUGCUUGUAGAGUAGGUGUUGUAGAGAAGUGUUUCUCAAUCCUGGUCCUAGGAAGGGCUACCACAUUUUUGUUUUGGACCAAGCACUAAUGCACUUAAUUGAACUAAUGAACUCAUCAUCAAGCCUUUUAAUUUGAAUCAGGUGUGUGGGGGCUAGGGCAAAAACAAAAAUGGGCACCCCUUUGGGUCCCCAGGACCAGGGUUGAUAAACACUGUUGUAGAGAAUGGUAAUUAUAUAUAUAUAUAUAUUUUUUUUUUCUUCAGGGUUUUGUGUGGCUUCCUGCAAGACACAGGCAAAUGUCAGCCUUAGCGAGAGGUUGUGGUUACGUGUGUCACCAUGAAAUGUCACUGGGCACUUCAAUCGAGAGAGAGAGAGAAAGAGAGAGAGAGAGCAAUAGUGAUAGCGGUAGGGAGCAGGAGAGAACGAUAGAGACAGAGUGAGAGAGAGCUAGAGGCACAGAGAGACAGUCACAAAGGGAGAGAGAGACAGACAGACAGAGACCUACCUGAGACUAAGGAGACAGAGAGGAGAGAGCAUCUGCAAAAGUCAAAAAGUAAAAACAGAGCAAAGAAAUUAGGAGAACAGAAUGAGGACUGUGCUGACACUUCGACCCUGACUAAGAGGUUAGACAGUGGUGGUAAUGAUGUGGUCCAUGCUUCACCUGCUGUUCCUGCUCUCUGUCCCACCAGGCUUCACUCACAAUCUCCAAGGACUGUUUUGUGUGAAUGACUACAUCAACAACAUCACCUGUGUGUGGAACAGCUCGGCAGUAGAUCCAGACGUGGCCUGCCAGCUCCUCGGUACAAAAGAAAACUUUAAGAGAAAUCUUUUCAAUAGUAGUUGCAAUCUCAAACCCUUGGAUAGGCCGGUGCCAGGUCAUUCUUUCAGAGGCUGCAGUAUUGUCUUUGAGGGCCAGUAUUUCAGUUCAUCCGAGCACCUCCCCAGCAUUAAGGUGGAGUGUGAUGGGUCUGAGGUGGUAAACCUCAUAAGAUACAAACCUAUCAACCACAUUAAGAUGCAUCCUCCUGGUAGUCCGGUCAUCAUCAAUGGGACUAAUGCCACCUGGAGUGCUGGUAGUCCGCUGUCUAUGAAGAUCAAUGAAUAUGAGUUCCAGGUGAAGAUGAAGAGGGAAGACCAGCUAUGGGGGGAGGCCCAGAGUUUGACCAGACUAAAGCGGGAACCGUGGAUAGAGCUGGAUGUGGAGGAGAGUGGGAUUCAUCACAUCAGGCUGAGAGUCAAGCCGAACAAUCCCGCCUCUAGCCACUGGAGUGAGUGGAGCCCCACUGCUUCCUGGACAUCAGAGGACGAGGUCUCACCAACCUUUGUGAAGUCCCCGGACCUGACUUUGUGGCUGGUGUUGAGUGGUGCGUUUUUCACUCUCAUCGUUGUCAUGUUGCUGGUCUUCUACAAAACUCAUACAAACAAUAGGAAACACCAGUAUGUGCCUGACCCCGCCAAGUACUUCCAGCCACUUAACUCUGUCCACGGUGGAAACAUUCAGAAAUGGCUGAGCCCCUUGUUUGCUCCAGAGUCCUUCAUCACCGCCCAGCCCUGCGAGGACAUCUCCCCCGUGGAGGUGUCUGGAACAGAAGUCUGGGACGUCACCGACUCCACCAGCUCCACCACCGCGGCCUUUCUCCUACACUCUGACCCUAACACGCCCUCUGAUGGCUGGAACAGCAGCGGCCAGUCCUCCUGCUUCUCCAACAUCGGCUACUUCUACCCCAAAUACCCCAGCAGCCUCUUCAUCGAGUCUUGCCCCGUCUACUUCACCUACCAGGGGGACCACAGCACUCUCUCCGCCACAUCCUCCUCCUACGAGCGCCUGGAGCGUCUCGGUCGGCUGCAGAGCCAGCCCCUGAGCCCAGACUCUGGUUUCGGCAUGGAGAGCGUAGAGGGGGAGGACCAGGUGGAAGAGGAAGGAAAGAAGGAUAAGAAGGAGAGGGAUGUGGUUCCAGUGGCCCCUCUUGUCUUACCAGUCUCCCUGCCUGCUCGGAUCCCUCCAGGCCCUCACCAUCCCCUGAGUCUCCCCCAACUCCCCCUUCAUAAUCCUGAGUCAAACUCAGCCAUGGCGUCUAGCGGCAGUUACAAUGCCUGGCCAGUAGAGGCUGCUCUAGGCAGAUCCUCCUCAAUGACAGUGGAACCCAGUUGUAAUGGCUAUUUGACCAUUAAAGAGCUGCAGAAUACCUACAGCAACAAGUCUAUUUGAACAAUCCAUUUUUCACUCAAUUUGCAUUUUAGUUAAGCUGUUGAACUUAUUCUUCGUGCAAGCUAUGACACAAGGCUCAGAUAAUGCAGGUACAAAGUGCCAACCAAUGAUUUUUUACAUGGAAAGUAUUGUAGAGUUUCUAAAUAUGUAGCUUAUUCAUAUUUUUUAUAAAUGUUGUAUAUUACUUGUACUACUAUUGAGGCAGCUGGUUUGCCAAUGCAUUGUUACUUUAUCUCGGAUAGUUAGUGCUGCUAGUUGUGUUUGUCUUUAAAUGUGUUCACUGACAGCUUGUUUGUAUGAAGACCUGAAUAAAACGUCUGACAGAAGAGAAGUGGGUCAGCCUUAAA